AUGCAGACAGAGGAUUUUGCAAAAUGUGAUCAUGAAUGCCCUGAUGAAAUUCAUCAAAAAUCAAUAGAUGGUUUACUACCAGAAAAAUCUUAUUGCGAUUUGCAACCGUUUCAUGAUCCUCUUAAUGCUUUACCUCCUGGAAAAAAAGGAUAUCUAUCUAAUGAUGACAUUGAUCAUCCACCAACAUCAGAUUCAUUAUUUGGAAAUGAAUUAAAAAAUUUUGCAAUAAUCGACUUGGUUCAGCAUUGCAAACAACAGAUAAGCUUAUUAAGACUUGGAUUUCUUCCACACUCUGAAAUUCUAUUUGAAAAUAAGAGUAUAUUUGAUGCUGAGUUUAUUCAAAAUAAACUGAAGGAAGGACAUGAUGGAGUUGAAGCCCUUCAACAAAUGGCAGAAGUUGCGCAGACAUAUAAUGAUACUAGUUCUAAUAAUAUGCAAUGUAAAUAUGUAAAAUUGCCUGAUACAAUACGUCUUAUUGAUAGUUUUACAGAUGUGGCAAGUAGCUUGAUAGAAUACAAGCCUAUAUUAAUGCAAGAAUCUUUAGAUACGAAUUGUUAA